AUGCAAGGUUCCUAUGUCCCCAGCAUCACCCCUCGUUCCUGCAUCCCCAGUGUCACCCGCACCCCACGUGCCCACGUUCCCCCACCACCUCAUGCCCAAUGUCCCCAAGGAUAUGGAGCAAAAAUUCGAGCGCCACAUGCCCUGGUCAUGACUUUUCUGUUCAGGGAAGGAAGUUUAAGAGAGAAACUGAAAUCAAUUGCCCAGGCCACAUACACUCACUCCCGGAACUUGGCUUACUUCGUGUUCACCUACAAGGGGCUAAUGGCGUUGCAGUCCCGACUACUGGGGAAAAAAAUUCCACUUCACACUUUCUUUGCAGCCUUCAUUGGAGGUUGGCUAGUGUUUGGUGAGAACAAUGCCAUCAAUAGCCAGAUUAUUAUGUACCUGCUGUCUCGCAUCCUGUUUGGCUUGUCUCGGUUGGCAGUGGAAAAGGGCUAUGUCCCGCAGCCCAAGCAGGAUCCCUUCCCACUUGUCGCUGCUCUGUUAUGGGGGACAGUUCUUUGGCUCUUCGAAUAUCACCGGCACACUCUGCAGCCUUCUCUGCAGUCCUCCAUGACUUACCUGUAUGACGAUAGUAAUGUAUGGCACGACAUUUCUGACUUUCUCAUUUAUAGCAAAAGGAGUACGAACAAGUAGCUGGUUCAUUGUGAAGCGCCUUUGAAUGGGGUAGUACAUUCCAAAAAC